AUGGCAACCAUGAACCGAAGCAAUCUUGCUCAUGGCAACACGCUGAUGAACCUCAGUGCGACAUUUCCCUUCCGGAACGGUAGACCUGCCACAACUCCAAGCUCAGAAGUCCCAAUGGUCGUGGAUCUUCGAGUCACAUGGUCCCGCUUCUCGAAUGAGAGCUCGGAGAUUAUGCACAGGUCCGAAGAGUUUAUCUUUAGUUCGACCCUUGGCACCAUUUUGCUCCCGCAAGCUCGACGUAGGGAAGUCUCCUACAUGCUCUCUCACGUCCAGCAUUCAGAUCCCAGAGACAGCGAUUUCUGGAUCAACCAGAUAUGCUCGUUCGCUUCUCAAGCAGCCCCAGAAGCAGUGCAAAACCAUGGUCUCGUGCUCGAUGCGGAUAUUAUUAUCGACUAUACCGACUUUCAUGCAUUUUUUGAAGGAAUCCAGGAGAUUAGCGAGCCGCUUACUUUAGGAGAAAUAUUUGAAGGCAAAGAAUGGUUCGGCAACACACCGGACGGCAGGUCUUCCGGCAGGAAACUCGAGAAAGCUAUCUAUACAGCUGAUGGUUUCCAAGAGAGUGAGUGCGUCAUUUGUUUAGAGAAAUUUGAUCCAGGGAAGGAAGUUGCCAAGAUGCCAUGCUCUCAUAUCUUUGAUAAGCAUUGUAUCGUUGGGUGGCUGGAGCGGAGCCCUCUCUGUCCUCUUUGCCGUUUUGAAAUGCCAUCUGGAACCGGGAAGGGAAACUGA